AUGUCACUGAACGACUACCUGCUCACGGGUCCGGACUUGCUGCAGUCGCUGCCCGGCGUGAUGAUGCGAUUCCGACGUCACCGCGUCGCCGUCUCCGGAGAUAUCACUGAAAUGUUUAUGCAGGUGAAAGUAAAGCCAGAAGACAGAGACGCUCUCCGAUAUCUGUGGCGAGGAGAGCGGCGGGAGGGGGCGCCGGAAGAGUACCGAAUGACGUCAAUAAUAUUCGGCGCAGCAAGUUCACCGUGUACAGCAAUAUUCGCUAAGAACUGGAAUGCUAAACGCCAUGCGAACGAACACCCAGAAGCAGUAGAAGCAAUAGUCAAGAAUCAUUACAUGGACGAUUACCUGGAUAGCUUCAGAAGUACAGAAGAAGCGACGCGCACAAUCAAGAUAGUACAAGAAAUACAUAGUAAAGCGCGCUUCGACCUAACGAAAUGGGUAUCCAACAGCGAAGAAGUGCUGCGUGAAUUGGUACCGGGCCAAGAAACAACACAGAUUGUUAAUCUUGGAAAUAUAGAAAACACAGAGAAAGUACUCGGCGUGAUAUGGAAGCCACACACGGACGAACUGAGCUUCAACUUAAAACUCGCGCGCCUACCUACUGGCCUGCUCGACAAGGAAACGCCCACCAAGAGAGAGGCGCUCAAGAUAGUUAUGUCGCUAUACGACCCGCUGGGCCUCGCCUCACCUAUAACAAUCAGGGCGAAACAAAUACUACAAGAAGCCUGGAGGCGGGGAGUCGACUGGGAUCAACCUCUCGAUGAAGAACUAUCAAGCCAGUGGAGGGCGUGGAUAAGUCAUCUCGAACAGCUGAAGAACGUAAACAUACCGCGCUGUUAUCCUGGGUACAGCGAGGCUACAGAAAUACAAGUACACGUGUUCACCGACGCCAGUGAAAAGGCCUACGCUACAGCGGUGUACUGGAGGUCAAUGACCCGUGACAACAACGUGCACGUCAGCCUCGUCAUGGCGAAGGCGAAGGUGGCGCCGCUGAAGCUGCUGUCAAUACCGCGCCUCGAGCUACAAGCCGCGGUGAUGGGUACGCGCGUCGCAGCCGCAGUGAUAUACGAACACAACGUCAAGCCCGCCUCCGUGACCUACUGGAGUGACAGCAGAACCGUUCUGACAUGGAUAAGGAAAGGAGCCAGAUCGUACAAGCCAUUCGUCGCACAUCGAUUGGCCGCCAUAGAGGAAAAUAGCAGAGUCGAAGAGUGGCGCUGGGUGCCUACAAAAAGCAACAUAGCCGACGCCGCCACCCGCGACGUCCCGACGCACUUUCAUACCGACCACGAGUGGUACCGCGGCCCUAAGUUCCUCUACGACGACCCAUCGACAUGGCCGACCGAGUCACCAGCUGACAGUCAACCGACAGGCGAGGAAAAAACAAUCACGCUCAUACAAGCGGGCGCAGCAAACCUCAUAGACGUCGUUCCCGACCCCGUUCGAUUUUCAAGAUGGGAGCGAUUGCUGCGCGCCACAGCCAGAGUACUACAGUUUAUAGCGUUGUGUAAAAAACAACAUACAGAAAAAACGUUCUACAAAAGAACAAAGAAAAACAAAGAAAACGAUCCUGAUUGGUCGAGAGCGGUGCGAGCGCCCCGCGCGCCCGCCGAAGCUGCGCGCGCCCAAAUAUACACACGCAAGUUUAUUAUAUUGGACGCGACAUACAUUCAAAAGGCAGAGAAGCUGUUAGUUCGUGUGGUGCAACAAGAAGCCUUUAAACAAGAAAUAGCCAGUCUCGAGAGUAACGAAACAGUCGCAAGUAGUAGCCGGCUGUACCCGCUGCGCAUAGAACUAAACGACGGAGUUAUAGUACUGCGAAGCCGCAUAGCUGCUGUAGACAAAGUCGCUAAAAGCGUGAAGAGUCCACCUGUGUUAGACGGCGAUCACCGUAUUACACAGCUAUAUAUAGAUUGGACACACCGUAGCCUACAACACAGCGGCACCGAGCUCGUCGUGAAUGAGGUCAGACAGCACUACUGGAUUGUGCGCCUGCGCCCGACAGUCAAGCAAGUUAUCGCGCGCUGCCUGCAUUGCCGCAUACGUCGCGCGCGCGCGCCGACGCCGGCAACCGGCGACCACCCGAAGACACGCCUAGCUCAUCACCGCAGGCCGUUCACAUACACCGGGCUUGAUUAUUUCGGCCCGCUGUCAGUCACCGUCGGUCGUCAGCAUCAUAAGCGAUACGUGGCGCUGUUCACGUGUCUCACAACAAGGGCAGUUCACCUCGAGAUCGCGCACAGCCUCAGCGCGGACUCAGCUGUGUUGGCGCUGCGCAGGUUCGCAGCGCGACGCGGCUGUCCCACCGAAAUCUACUCCGACAACGGCACCAACAUGCACGGUGCUGACCGCGAGCUGCGUGAGGCCUGCCAGGAGGAGGCCAGCCGACGCGGCAUCGCCUGGCGCUUCAUCACGCCUUCCGCGCCUUUCAUGGGAGGCGCCUGGGAGCGCUUAGUGCGGUGCGUUAAGACCGCGCUAGGCGCCACGCUGCACGAGCGCCACCCACGCGAGGAGGUCCUCGCGACGCUGCUCUGCGAGGUCGAGUACGUCGUCAACAGCCGGCCGCUCACCCACGUAUCUGUGAGCGGCGACGACGACGAGUCCAUCACACCGAACCAUUUCCUGCUGGGCGGCUCGGCACGCCUGCCGAGCCCCGGCACGUUCGACGAGCGAGACAUCGACAGCAAGAAGCACUGGCGGCGCGCCCAGAUACUCGCCGACAUGUUCUGGCGCCGCUGGGUGCGCGAGUACCUGCCCGAGCUGCAAUACCGGCGGGAGCCGCACGCCCGCGGCCCCGCGCUGCAGCUGGGCGACCCCGUCCUCAUCGCCGACGGCAACCUGCCUCGCAACACCUGGCCGCGAGGCCGGGUUGUGGCCGUCUACCCGGGCGCUGAUGGUGAAGUUCGGACCGCUGACGUGCGCACCGCAGGUGGCAUACUAAAGCGUCCGACGAAGAAACUCGUGCCGCUGCCUAAGUAA